UUUAGUUUCUCCUCAGCCUUGUCGGGGACUCUAGGCUUUCUAGGCGAAAAAGAUGGAUAGGAUCAGCGAUUUACCUGAUGAGACAGUUUGCCAAAUUCUAUCCUUUCUACCGACAAAGGAAGCUGCAUUGACUUCUGUUUUCUCAAAGAGAUGGAGGAAUCUGUUUGCCAAGAGUCCAAAUCUUGAUCUUCGUUUCGUCAAAUUUGACUUUUGGAAACCCAAAAGUAACAUGAGUUUCAUAGACUUCGUAGACAGAGUAUUGGCUGUGUCUAGUGAUUCUACCAUUAGGAGAUUCUCUAUGAAAAUUAGACGCAUUGUUGAGCCAGCUCAUAUCAAUCGUUGGAUGCUUAAUGUGCUGAGCCGUGGCAUCUUGGAUCUUGAUCUUGAUCUGGACACACUUACUAAAGAUGUGAUUACAAUGCCUUUAGAGAUCUUCACUUGCAAGACAAUUGUUAAACUGAAACUAGGAAGGGUCGUUAAAUUUGCUAUGGUUCCUGAGAAUGCUUCUCUUCCUUCUCUUAAGACUCUCUUUCUUUUCCGAGUUCGGUUCCCUGGUUGCGAGUUUGAAGCUCUUCUUUCUGCUUGUCCUGUACUUGAGGAAUUAACCUUACGUGGUUGCCCUUGGGUAGCGAAACAGUGUCUAACCAUUUCGUGUACUACUCUCGAGAGACUCACUCUUUCAUGUAAAGGUAGUAUCGCAUAUGGUGUUCCUUGGAGCUUUUCUUUUGAUACUCCAAGACUUGCUUACUUAAACUACCGUGGUUAUACUGGAGAUGAGUAUCCAAUUGUUAAUCUCCACUCCCUUGUUAAAGCUAAGCUAUCUCUUGAGUUCAGGGGAUCUCCUAAUGCAGGCAAUCCAAUGAAUCUGUUUAAAGGGUUAAGAAAUGUUGAGGUCCUCGACUUGUCGUCUUCUGAAACCUCAAGGGUAUUAUAUUCAUUUGCUGAAUUAAUCCCACUGUUCAAAAAUCUAUCUCGUGUAUCUAUUACAACUGAGUUCCAGCACUCGUGUUGGAGUUGGAAAUUUCUGCCACUACUGCUUAAAAAGUCUCCAAAUCUAAAGACUCUUGUCAUCAAGGGUCCCUUGCAUUUCUAUGAUGUAUAUGGAGAAGAAUCUGAACCUCUACUUUGCGAAUGCUUGUCAGAAUAUUCAUUCCUAUCCUCAUGUCAUGUGAAAAUCCUAGAGAUAAUCGACUACUGUGGAACUAAAGGAGAGUUGGAGCAAAUGAAACAUUUCCUCGAGAAAUUGCCAUGUCUUGAGCUGGUCAAUGUUCAUGCUAGUGCAAAAGCAAAGUUGACAUUUGGCACAGACCUGCAAGUGCUUCCCAGAGCUUGCAAUAUCCAGCUUAAGUGUUUUUCUUGCCAAAAUUAGUUAUGGAUUAGAAAACUAACAAAUCCAAGGAAUGGAA